UUGAAGGCAUUCAAUCACCAAACUCAGAGUUUUAUCACAAUCUCCAAACACCUCAUUGCUUCGGUGCGUCGAAUACCAUCAGCAACAAAAAAAACCAAAAUGGCUUUUCAUCAAAAGUUCAUGAUCCUUCUCUUCUUGCCUCUAUUGCUCUCUCAAACCAUUUCUGGCUAUUCCUCUAGCGAUGUAAAAUCUUGGUGCGGCAAAAUGCCUUAUCCACAACCUUGUGAGUACUUCUUGACCCACGACCCCAAGCAAGCUCCCAUCAAGCAAAAAUCCGAUUUCCUCAAGGUCUCGAUGCAAUUGGCUCUCGACAGAGCUCAACUAGCCCACGACCACACGCAUUCAUUGGGGUCAAAGUGCAGUAACGAGCGUGAGAAGGCUGCUUGGGCCGACUGCCUCCAGCUGUAUGAGCACACUGUUCUUCGUUUGAAUAGAACCAUCGUCCACGAGUGCACCCAGGAUGAGGCACAAACGUGGCUCAGCACGGCCUUGACCAAUCUCGAGACAUGCCGAGCUGGGUUUGUUGAACUAGGCAUCUCUAACAAUGUAUUGCCUUUGAUGUCAAAUAAUGUUUCCCUGUUGAUAAGCAACACUUUGGCCCUCAACUAUGCACCCUACACUAUGCCCAACUACACGAAGAAAUUUCCCACUUGGGUGAGGCCCGGCGACCGAAAGCUCUUGCAAUCUUCGUCCGCAGUGUCUAAGGCCAAUAUUGUGGUGGCUCAAGACGGUUCAGGGGACUACAAGACGAUCAGUGAAGCCAUAAAUGUGGCAUCAAAGCGGUCUGGCACUGCAAGGUACACAAUCUAUAUAAAGACCGGUACUUAUAAUGAGAACGUUGAAGUCGGAUCAAAAUUGGAGAACAUUAUGUUCGUCGGUGAUGGCAUUGGGAAGACCAUAGUCACUGGAAGCAAAAGCGUUGGUGGAGGCUCUACCACCUUCAAUUCGGCGACUGUCGCCGUCGUUGGUGAUGGAUUCAUCGCACAAGAUAUCACUUUCCGCAACACCGCUGGUGCAGCAAAUCACCAAGCUGUAGCUUUGCGCUCUGGCUCUGAUCUCUCGGUGUUCUAUAGAUGUGGCUUUGAGGGUUACCAAGACACUCUCUAUGUUCAUUCAGAGCGUCAAUUCUACAGAGAGUGUGACAUCUAUGGCACUGUCGACUUCAUCUUUGGGAAUGCAGCUGUUGUUUUCCAGAACUGCAACAUAUAUGCCAGAAACCCUCCUAACAAGGUCAACACAGUGACUGCACAGGGCCGAACCGACCCGAACCAGAACACCGGCAUCUCCAUCCACAAUUGCAAGGUCACUGCAGCUUCAGACCUAAAGUCGGUUCAAAGCUCCGUGAAGACAUACCUUGGUAGGCCAUGGCAAGAAUAUUCCAGGACAAUUUUCAUGAUGACUUAUCUUGAUAGCUUGAUUAACUCGGCCGGUUGGAUGGAGUGGGAUGGCGACUUUGCCCUCGACACUCUGUACUAUGGAGAGUAUAUGAACACCGGCCCCGGGUCAUCAACUGCUAAUAGGGUCACAUGGGUGGGUUACCAUGUCAUCACAAGCGCGACCGAGGCUUCUAAGUUCACUGUUGGGAGCUUCAUUGCCGGCGGCUCUUGGUUGCCUUCCACCGGCGUGCCGUACACAACCGGCCUUUAAGCUCUUUAAAGAUGGAAAAAUCAGGGGUGGAAUGCAAGCCUUACAAGAGUACAAGGCGGUCCACAAGGAACACCAGUGUUAUAUCAUAUGCAGCAGCAAAAAAUUCUUUCUUAUAUAUGUCCCAUUCGUUAAUUAAAGAUUUCUGAUGUCAUCAAGUGAUCAAGUUGUCAUUCUUUUAUGAUUAUAAUUUGUUAUUCUUUCGA